AUGAGUAUCAGCGGGCCUGUGCAGAGUCAGGAUCUGGUGGAUCCACAAUCAACUGUUCCUGGCUCGACUACUUCAAGCACUAUACCCACUGGAGCAGCGCAAGAUCCGAGUUCAACUGCCACCAGUGCCACCCCUGGCAGAACCACAGACACCAAGCCUACCGUUGAUUCUUCGACCACAAUCACUCAACCCGGACUCACAGCACCUGUUACACCUGGAGCAACUACAGCACCUGUUGCACCUGGAGCUACUACUGCGACUACCCCCACUAUCUCGGUGGGCCCCACCAGCACCGGUUUGAAUUCCACAACCACUUCCCCGGUCACGGCUGGUCCGGGUGCAUUGGCCCCCAUUCUUCAAGAUGGAAAUGGGAAAAAAUUAGUGUUUCCAAUCACUGAUGUGAAUGGACGUGUUGUUUUUCAAAACGCAUCGGACAUACAAAUGUCAGGGAAACAUGGAAACUCGACUUUACCCUCCGCAAAACUUCCUGGCAAUUCAACAGAUUCUAAGGGAGACAAGAAUUCUAAAAAUGGUGCAAAGCAUAAUUCUGGAAAUCAGUUGUCUUCCAUUUCAAAGAGCAUCAUGGCUUCUUUGAGCUUAGGUAUUGUUGUUAUAAUAAUUGCCUAG